AUGUUCAAGGGCUUCGAGUCAGAAAUUAGAUUAUCAGAGCAAGUUCCGUCCAGUUUUUUGAGACAAAUAACCAUGAUCAAACUCCUUUUCUUGGUGUUAGUUGCCGCGACGUAUUUGGCCAAGGGGCGCGAUCUCAAGGAUCAAAAUACAAUACAAAAAAGUACUUCACAGGUGAUUCAAGUACUAAUAUUUUUCUAAGAGCUGGCCAGAACAUUGAUUUUAGAAUCUUUCGAACAGGAAACGAAACAGUCAUUGUAGUUUUUCAAGAAAGAGUGUCUAAUGUAAUAGAACACGGCAGCAUUCAUCGCUGAUGUUCGAUGAUUUAUUGGACAUAAUUACAAUGAAUAUACUAAAUAUAUUAGCUUAUAUUGUAGGGUUUAACUCGCGCGAAUAUUAACUGAAUUUAUUAAGUUUUAAAAUUUUCGCUUUCAUUUUUUACUCCAGUAAAAAUAUAAAUAAUUUGCCAUCUUCAUGCAACGCCAAUACUCACGAUUUUUUUCAAUUCUUUAAGCUUUAUUGCUAUCCGGACAAAAAUUUAAAAUCUGCUUCCGUUUCUCGUAGAAAUUAGCAUACAUGGGUAGGUGUAUAAUUGACUUAUUAUUAUUGUUCGUUAUCCUUCGUUACUUAGAUCCUAUUCUAUCGGUACUUCACUCCCAUUAAACUUGCAAGUGCUGCUACCUUCAUCCAUUACCACCAUUCCCUCACGCCCCGACUUCUCACCUUCCUCAGCGCUCCUAAAAACCAAUAUCGCCUGAUGAUUGUUCCCCUGAUCCAGCCGGCAGUCACCUCUGCAAAUGCCAAACUUUUCAUCAAGAUGAACGUUGGCUUGGAAACAACAUUUGGUGCAAGUGAUAGCGAUCCUUCAUUUGUCAUUUCUGAUGGUAGUCGUUUUAUUGGCGUGCUUACUCUUGACAAGAAUAACUACAAAAAUUGCGCUCCUUGUCUUGGCACCGAGGGAGCCAGUGGACCAACUACGAGUCGCCGUUCAGAUGCUUGUCUCCCCAAACCAUCUGAGUCCUACUAUCCCGGACGAUUUGAGAUCCAGUUGAGCCUGUCUGACCGGUGGGGAACCUGUUUUGUCCCGUUGGACGGAGGCUUCAGCAGAGAGAUGAUCUACCAGAACAAGCUGAAUCCUCGCAAAGGCCUGUUCUUGGAGAUUUAUGGCGAUGAAGCUAAGGAAAAAGAAGGAAUAAAGUAUAUUGAGAUAACCGUCCUAAAGGACAUCUGA